AUGUCCUUCAAAUUCAACUUUUCCACCGGCGGCGACAGCGACAGCGACGAUGACACCCCCAUGACCGCCGCACCCGCCCCCGCCCCCGCCGCACCCACAGCCGCCCCUACCACGCCCGCGCAGCACCACACACUCGCCUCACUAAUUAGCACACUCCCCCAGAACAUCUCCUACACCACCCUGCAUCCCACCCCCCACAUCCGCCUCCCCCGCCGCGAGCUCUACGAUGUCCGCAUGCAGCUCAUGUCCGAAGACCCACUCUCCACCUCCACCACCCCAAACGCCCUCAUCGGCACCUCCGACAUCCACACCUCCGUCUACGAGGGCGGCCUCAAGUCCUGGGAGUGCUCACUGGACCUCGUCCAGCACCUCUUCAGCACUCCGCUGACACCCACCCCUACCCGCGUCCUCGAGCUCGGCUGCGGCACGGCGCUGCCGUCACUACAUCUCUUCCAGGCGGCACUGGUCAGUGGCACGCCUUGCAGCUUCACACUCGCAGACUACAAUGUGGAUGUGCUGCGGCUGGUGACGCUGCCGAAUCUGCUGCUGGUGUGGUGCAUGUUGCGCGCUGGGGCAGCGUGGGAGGAUGAAGGGGAUCUGGAGGUGACGCAGGAGCUAGUGGACGAGUUUGUGGCGACGCUGGAGAGCCGUGGGGUGGGUGUUGAGUUUGUGAGUGGUGGGUGGGGGGAGGGUAUGUUGGCGCUGUUGGGGGGUGCUAGGUUUGGGCUGGUGUUGGGGUCGGAGACGAUUUAUUCGCCGGCCACGUUGGGGCUGUUUACGGAUGUGCUGUUGGGGACCGUGGAGGAGGGAGGAAAGGGUUUAGUGGCGGCAAAGAGGAUAUAUUUCGGGGUUGGUGGAGGCGUGGGAGAGUUUCUGGAGGUAGUGGAGGCGAGGGGGGGGUGGGUGACGAGGAUGGUGAGGGAGGAGAAGGAGGUGGGCGUGGGGAGGUGCGUGGUGGAGGUUGUGAGGAAGUAG